CAGUUUGGAGCGACCAUAUCAAGGCCCACAACUAUGUUGAGUAUUGAGUUAUCCGAUUGAAAAGAGUGGGAGCCAAACAUAUUCUGCCUCCGGGUCCGGGAGAUAGAUAGCUCAUAGCUCAGACAAACUGCGGCAAUGGCUUCCAUCUCCUCGCUCUUCCCCCAAUUCAAUUUCUGUAUCAAAUUCUGCAGCCGGAGCUCUUCUCCAACUAGCCGUUCAACCUCAAAGAUUCAUAGCAAUUCCAAAGAAAGUAUCUUCCUUGAGACACAUAGUAAGGAAGAGGAGUCCACACAUGGAGGAUUAUGGAAAACGUCAAACAAUGAUUCAAAGGUUUACCGUCCUGAGACGAGUCAGCAGCAGAAGCUGCCCCCACUAAUUACUGCCUUAGAAGCUGCUGCUGCAGAAAAUGCUGCAAGUUUUCAUUUCCCUGGACACAACAGAGGUAGAGCGGCUCCAUCCUCAUUGACCAAGCUCAUCGGUCAAAGACCCUUCCAUCAUGACUUACCUGAGCUGCCCGAGCUUGACAAUCUAUUUGCCCCAGAAGGUCCUAUUCUAGAAGCACAGAAGCAAGCUGCUGAAAUAUUUGGGGCAUCAGAAACCUGGUUUCUUGUAGGAGGUACAACCUGUGGAAUCCAAGCAGCUAUCAUGGCUAUCUGCAGCCCUGGAGAUACGUUGAUUCUCCCUCGCAAUUCCCACAUUUCAGCAAUCUCUGCAAUGGUGUUGUGUGGAGUGGUACCGAAGUAUAUUUUUCCUCAUUAUGAUUGUGACUGGGACAUCGCUGCUGCUGUCUCUCCAUCAGAGGCAAAGAAAGCAAUCAAGGAAUUGGAAAUGAAAGGCCAAAAACCAGCAGCUGUUUUUGUCACUUCCCCUACCUAUCAUGGGAUAUGUAGCAACUUAAAGGAGAUUUCACAUCUCUGUCACACACGGGAUAUUCCUCUUAUCGUAGAUGAGGCUCAUGGAGCCCACUUUGGUUUUCACCCAAUGCUUCCUGAUUCAGCCCUCCAGCAAGGGGUUGAUGUGGCUGUUCAAUCCACUCAUAAAGUGUUGUGCUCUCUUACUCAAUCAUCGAUGUUACAUCUAUCUGGGAAACUUGUUGACAGGGAAAAACUCUGCAGAUGUCUUCAAACACUACAGAGUACUAGCCCAAGUUACUUGCUUUUAGCCUCACUAGAUGCUGCUGCAGCUCAGCUCAAAGAGAACCCAUCGGCUUUUUUUGAAAAUGCUAUCCAUCUAGCAAUUGAAGCUAAAAAUAUCAUGGAACAGAUCCCAGGCAUCUCGGUCCUUGAUUUUCCCAACUUGUCUGAGUUUAUUGCCAUUGACCCUUUACGGGUGACUCUUGGCUUUUAUGAUCUUGGUCUCAGUGGGUAUGAAGCUGAUGACUUCUUAUUUAAGGAUCAAAGAAUAAUAUCUGAGCUCUCUGGGUCUCACUCUGUUACAUUUCCAUUUACUCCAGGAACUUGUAGAGAGCAUGUCAACCGGUUAGUCUUAGGGGUCAAGAUUUUAUCGUCAUCUUUCCUCUUACAUCAGAAGAAAAAGCAGGGAAUGAAGCUUGCUGAUCUGAAGCCCUUUGAUGAUAUCAGUAUUCAACUCACUCCAAGGGAGGCCUUCUUUGCAAAGAAAAGACGGGUAAAUAUCAAAGAUGCAAUUGGAAAGAUAUGUGGAGAGUUGAUAUGCCCAUAUCCUCCCGGUAUUCCAAUAAUGAUUCCUGGUGAACUGGUCUCAGAACGAGCUUUAAAUAUGUUACAGCAAUCUAAAGCCUUUGGCGCUACAAUAAGUGGAGCUUCUGACCCUGGUCUUUCAUCAAUGGUUAUAUGUGAUGUUUAAGCAGGCUUCGGUUUCUCCGAAACAAAAAGAGAAAUAGUAAGGAAAAAUUCUGAUUGUUACAGCACACGAAGUUCUGUUCCAACUUCCAAGUCUAUAACUGUAGACUCUUCCGCAAUAAAAAAAAGAGAGCUAUUGCACAGUUGUAGGAGGAGAAGUUAUAGAGAGAAUCGGAGCAAUUGGAUGGAACUAACAGCCCAAGAAGCAGAUUCAGUCCCAUCAGAUGAUAUCAGUUCUGUAGAUUGUAGACACACCAACCGUACCAUAUAUUGAUUUUUUCUGGACCGGCAUUUAUCAGGGUUAUGUCAAAGUGAUCUAGGUUGCCUGGUGCUCCGUGUGACCAGUGUCUCUUACUGCUUACACGUUACAAGACCUCUGUAUCAAGCAUCUGCACACUUGCCAUGAGGGAUAGUCUUAUUCUGGCCCUUUAGAUCAAGUGAAGUACAGAGUAAUGAUCAUAGUUGUUUAUAACCAACUUAAGUUGAUUUUCAAAUCAACUUUUAUGUAUUUGCCAAGGUUCACCAGAAGUUGCAUGAUUUUCUGGGCUGAUUUUUUGCACAAAUACAUUUGAAGCCUCGAUGAUUAUGUUAAGAAAUUUCCUAGUAA